GCAUGUGCAAGCCGUCAAAGACACUCCUUGACUUUCACGAGGUUGUAGUAACAACAUGUUCACAACUACUUAAGACGUUGGCUCUGAUCUAGGUAGUGCCUUUCGAUUUCGAGAAAAUUAACAACUAUUGAAAAAUCUUUCACUUCUCUCAUUGAUUUAUCAAACUCCGGCCUGGUCUGUUUCGCGAUGUUGCGCCUCUGGGUUUAGAAACUCUGUGACCAACUUUCCUGAUCUAAAAAAAAAAAGAAAAUACAUUGUUUAAUAUUUACAGCUACAUUAUUACAAUUAUUACAACACUUCAAAUAAAUGAAUUUAAAUAAAAGGUAUCAAAUAAAUUGGGUAUAAAAUGGUUUAGAAAAGGUUUUUUAACGACAUUUGUCCGGAUAGGCGCAUGCGCAGGACCAGAGAACGGCCGCGUGCCUGGCGCCAAAAUUCGAAAAGCGGAGGGGAGUGUUCUGUUGUUGACAGCACCAGCUCUCCUUAUAGCGUCGUGGUUUUUACACGUUAUUACAACAUAUCGAAAAGGAUUACUUUGGAAAUACUUUGGGGAAGGACAACGCAAAGAUGCACAUCAAAUCUAUUAUCUUAGAAGGAUUCAAGUCCUACGCGCAGAGGACAGAAAUCAACGGAUUUGAUCCGCUCUUCAACGCUAUUACUGGACUUAACGGGAGUGGAAAAUCCAAUAUUCUCGACUCGAUAUGCUUUCUAUUGGGGAUAACCAACUUGUCUCAGGUGCGAGCGGCCAAUCUCCAGGAUUUGGUGUACAAGAACGGUCAGGCCGGCAUCACCAAAGCCACGGUGUCCAUAACAUUUGACAACACAAACAAGAGCCAGAGUCCGCUUGGGUUCGAGACCCACGACGAAAUCACGGUCACAAGACAGGUGGUGAUAGGUGGUAGGAACAAGUACCUGAUCAACGGGGUGAAUGCCAACAACACCAGGGUACAGGAUCUGUUCUGCUCUGUGGGACUCAACGUUAACAACCCCCACUUCCUCAUCAUGCAGGGGAGAAUCACCAAGGUUCUGAACAUGAAACCGCCUGAGAUCCUAGCCAUGAUAGAGGAGGCAGCAGGAACCAGGAUGUAUGAGUAAAAGAUCAGCGCCCAGAAAACCAUUGAGAAGAAGGAAGCCAAACUCAAAGAAAUACAGACGAUCCUUAAUGAAGAGAUCACUCCUACCAUGGAGAAGCUGAAGGAGGAGCGUUCUUCAUACCUGGAGUACCAGAAGUUGAUGAGGGAGAUAGAACACCUGAGUCGUCUGUACGUGGCCUGGCUGUUUGUCUGCGCUGAGGAGACCAAGGUCAAGUCAGCGGAGGACCUGAAGGUAAUGCAGGACUCCAUCACUCAGCUGCAGGCCAGCAUGGCAGAAAACGAAAACAAGGUCCAGGAACUCUCCGCCCAGAUACAGGAACUGCAGAAGAAGAGGGACCAAGAGGUUGGUGGAGUGCUGAAGGGUUUAGAGGAGACUCUGUCUGAGGUCCAGAGGGUCGAUGCUAAAGCCCAGAGUGCUGUGGACAUGAAGAAACAGAACCUGACAGAGGAGACCAAGAAGAGGAAGGAACUGGUGAAGAGCAUGGAGGAGGAUAAGAAGAUGCUAGUUGUUAAGGAAGGAGAGGUAUCCAAGGUAGCAAAGAAGCUGUCUGCCCUACAGGAGGAAGGUCAGAAGGACAGCGCCGCCCUAGAGGCAGCACAGAGUCACUUCAAGGCUGUGUCCGCAGGGCUGUCCACCAAUGAGGACGGGGAAGAGGCCACGCUCGCCGGACAGAUGAUGACCUGCAAGAACGACAUGAGUAAAGCUGACACCGAGGCCAAACAGGCCCAGAUGAAGCUGAAGCAUGCCCAGCAGGAGUUGAAGGCCAAGCAGGCGGAGGUGAAGAAGAUGGACUCUGGUUACCAGAAAGACCAGGAGGCCUUCAACACUGUCAAGAAGAACAAGGAGAAACUAGAGGCUGAUAUGGAGAAACUACAGUACCAAGAUGGGAAGGAGGAGGGUCUUCUGGACAGGAAGAGACAGCUGAACCGUGAGGUCACCACCCUCAGAAAUACCUACGAGAGUCUGAUGUCCCGCUUCCCUAACCUACGCUUCGACUACAGUGACCCAGAGCGUGGCUGGGACCGUAGCAGAGUAAAGGGACUCCUAGCUAACCUGAUAACAGUCAGUGAUGUGUCCUACUCUACUGGACUAGAGGUGGUGGCUGGAGGGAAACUCUACAAUGUGGUGGUGGACACUGAGGUGACAGGUAAGAAGUUGUUAGAGAAAGGAGAGCUGAAGCGUAGAUACACCAUCAUCCCACUCAACAAGAUCUCUGCCAGGACACUUAAUGACAGCGUGGUCAACACAGCCAAGAGUCUGGUAGGGGAGAAGAAUGUCCAUACAGCUCUGUCUCUGGUUGGCUAUGAGGCAGACCUGAGGAAGGCCAUGGAGUACGUGUUUGGUUCUACGUUGGUGUGUGAUACAUUAGACAACGCCAAGCGAGUGGCCUUCGACAAGAGAGUCAUGACCAAGACUGUUACUCUGGGGGGGGACGUCUUCGAUCCUCAGGGGACGCUGAGCGGAGGAGCCCGUUCCCAGUCAGCCUCAGUGUUGUCCAGUCUCCAGGAGCUGAGAGAGGUUCAGGAUAGUCUGUCAGCCACAGAGACGGCGCUACAGACCCUGGACAAAGAACUGGCUGGUCUCAAGGGGACUGCUGAGAGGUAUCGUUUGUUAAAGCAGCAGUUAGACAUGAAGACAGAAGAGUUAGACAUUCUCCAGGUUAAACUCCACCAGAGUUCCUUCCAUAAACAACAGGAAGAACUGAAGAUGUUACAGAAGACCAUCGAGGAGUGUGAGGAGACCCUGCAGAGCAGUAACGAGGUCCAGAAGAAGGCAGAGGAGAAGUACAAGGUGUUGGAGAACAAGAUGAAGAAUGCGGAGGCAGAGAGGGAGAAGGAACUGAAAGCUGCUCAACAGAAAGUCAACUCUGCUAAAACCAAGGCUGACGCGUUCAGUAAGAAACUGAAGGAGAGACAACAGGAGGCUGAGUCCCUAGUCCUAGAGUUGGAGGAGUUGAAGAGGGAGCAGGCUGGCUAUGAACAACAGAUCCUGGCAGUAGAUGAAGCCAUGAAGACUAUCCAGGAACAGAUAGACAACAUGUCUACCACCGUGGCAGAGAACAAGGAGUCUGUGCGUAAGGCCCAGGAGGAGUUGACUAGACAGAAAGAGGUGAUCGUAUCCCAGGACAAAGAGAUCAAGGGUAAGAGUACAGAAGCUAACCAUAUGAGAGAGAAAACCAAUGAGUCUCAGCUGAAGAUUAAAGAGUUGGAACACAACAUCAGCAAACACCGUAAAGACAGUCAGGACGCUGCUGCUAAG